AUGAACUACCCUGAUUGUGAAGCUCAUCCCUUGUUCAAUGCUAAAUAUCUUCGAAUUUCUGCACCAAUUAGCUUUGGAGUCACCUUACCUAUAAAUAUUCUUGCCUUUCAUUGCAUCAUCAACAAAUCACCUCCAAUUAUGUUGAAGCACUACAAAUGGCUUCUGAUCAAUUGUCAAACAUGGUGAGAAUAUUUGGAUUAUCCACCAAAAACUCAAUUUCAGGAGCUUCAUUGUUGAUCUUUUGGCCACAGUUCUGUUCUUGCCUGUAGCUUACAAUCCGCUAUGGGGAGGCUAUUCAAAUGGCCUUUUCAGAACUAUAAAUGUACCGAUAGCAGCUCAGUUCGGGAUCAUGCUUGCUGUUACUUCGUGUACGUUUCCAUUCAUUUUCAUCAGCUUCAUUUUAAACAAUUCAGGCCAGAUAACAAGUAUUUUGGCGCUUUUUGA